AUGAUGUCGUCCGGAAUUAGUAAAAAUGCUUCGAGAAAACGUAGGGCUAGCGGUACUGGCGGUUAUAGACAGGAAAAUAAAACUCUCAAGUGGCAAGGGAAGCAAUAUAGAACUUAUACCAACAAACUAGUUCCUGCUAAACCCAAACGAGAAAGAGAGUUCUAUGAAACCGACUCUGCUAAACAGGGUACUUACCUCAUGGGUCUGAUAAACAUAGGGAAUAUUAAAAGGAUUGCAGAAAGUAGUCGGCGUCAGUGCAGCAUAUUUUAUACUGUAUCUGAUGGUUCAGGAAACUUAGUGCUGGUUUGUAAGGGCACAUUUUUGAAUAUAUUUGCCAUAACUUCAAAAAAGAUAGAAAUCUUGGUGAAGAAGAAGAUGAGUGAAACAGACAAGAGAAAAGGUAACAGUCAAUCAAAGUUCACAGAAAAUGACCGCCAACUAGUCAGAUAUCACAUAAUGUCUAUACCUAGGGACGUAAGUCAUUAUUCCAGGCAAAAAUCUGAAAAAGAGUACUUGAGCCCUGAUCUGAACAUCCAUAGAUUGCAUAGGGCUUUUCUUGAAAAAUUUCCAGAUUCACGUGUCACAUACAAAUAUUAUCGGCUUGUUUUUUUGAAAGAUUUCCCGAACUUGUCAUUUUAUUGCCCUAGAGUUGAUACUUGCAGAACUUGUGAUAAAUUAAAUUGCGAAGUGCAAGCUCAAAUUUCAAGUAGUAAGACAGCAAAAACUCAGCUUGAACUGCACCAUAGGAAAGUUGAGAAAUCUCUAGCUGCAUUAAAAGAAGAUACUGUUGUCUCACAAAAACCAGAAAGUAUACUUUCUUGCAUAACGAUGGAUCAGCAACAAGUUCUGUUUGUGCCUACGUUAACCCAUUUAGACAUGUUCUACCAUAGCCAGUUAUCUUGUUAUAAUUUCGGCAUUCAUCUAAGUGACAGCAACUCAGCAUUCAUGUGUAUGUGGAACGAAUCUAUAGGAGGAAGAGGUGGUAACGAAAUUGCUUCCUGUUUGUUGAGAGUGUUGAAUAUGGGAAUCACUGACAAAAGGCAUAUUACGAUCUGGUGUGACAACUGUGCUGGCCAAAAUAAAAACAGAAUGGUCUUAUUCGUUAGGAUCUUUUUGGUCUCUACUGGCGUAUUCGAAAGCAUUGAACAGAAAUUUUUCGUAAGUGGAUAUAGCAUUAUGGCAUGCGAUCGUGAUUUUGCACUCAUAGAAAAAAGAAAGAGAACAUUAAAGAGUUUUGUAACGAAUGAUCUACAUGAUGUUGUCCGUUCAUCGAAAUAUAGUCGUCCGUUUUCGGUUGUAAAUAUGGAAGAAUUGGGAUUUUUUGAUAUCCAGGCAGCAGCUACAGUCUUAUCAACACCAAAAGCCUUAACAUCAGCAAGGCAGUUCAUGUAA